GCGAGAUUUGGCAAAACAAGAGGGCGCAUGGCGCUGCGCAUGCUGUUCAUAAAGGACAAACACGACCUUUAAUUCUGCAUACUCGCAGACCAUCUGGGAAGAUUUCAUUGGGUAAAAAUACAAGUUAUGGAGGAACCCUCAAAGUUUGAGCGAUAUGUGUACAAAAAUGCUUCAGUUUACCAUUAUAUGAAGAUAUCUCUAGUUUUGGAGAGUGGAAACAAAAAUAUUACUGAUGCACAGUUCAAACAAUUGAUUAUCUGUGGACUCAAAGACCUGUACGGAGAGGUUGGAGCUUCUUUUCCAUUUGAUUUGCUUAAAUUUGAUCAGAACGAACUGACCGGUAUACUGAGAGUGUACAACAGCGGCCUGGUGAAAUUGUGGAGCGCUUUAACAUUACUGGGAUCAUAUCAGAAUGAGGCAUGUGCAUUCAGAGUCACGCAGGUGUCGCCAUUUUUACUAGCGUUGUCUGGGAAUAGCCGUGAGCUGCGGUUCGCAGACCAGUUGAUAUAGUGAGGUGGGCCUACAGAAAAAAAAAAAUACAUUGGGUGGAAAAAAAUGUUUUUUCUCAGAAGAAGUAUUUUCAGCAGAAAUAUAAACAGUUUUUUCAACUCAGUUCCCACAUCCCUCACAGUAGGGCACAGGUCGCUUUACGUGGGUGAACGGGCCUCGCUUAGCAAAACAUUCAGUGCCAGAGAUGUCACACUUUUUGCUGAGCUGACGGGGGACACGAAUCCUCUCCACCUCGACCCCGAAUACACCAAAACGACCUCUUUCGAGACCCCCAUUGUUCACGGAGUGCUGAUUAACGGUCUGAUCUCAGCAGUUCUGGGGACGAAGUUGCCCGGCAAAGGCUGUGUGUUUCUUCACCAGGAAAUACGCUUUCCGGCACCCCUCUACAUCGGAGAGGAGGUUGUGGCAGAAGCGGAGGUCAAAAAGAUCAAAAUGUCCUUUGCUUUUAUUUCUGUUUCCUGCGCUGCCAAAGACAAAGUGGUCAUGGAGGGAGAGGUCAUAGUCAUGAUGCCACAAGACGCACAACAAUCAUGAGAAACUUUAGUGAAUCCAGCUGUUUGGUUUUUAUGUGCUGCCAGGAAUUAAAUGUUCUUUCUUGCUUCUUUUUGUUCUUUCAGAAUGUAACACUCACUCAGAGAUUUAAUAUUUCUUGUUUUUUGUUCUCUGGGAGUUAUUUGAAUAAAAAAUGUGUGAGAAAAUAAA